UGACGACUCUUCAAGGAGAUCAAUAGAUCAUUCGCCUGCUUCUUCAUCAUCACCAAGCUGGUCAUGUAUAUACCUUUUUUUGGGUGUGAUUCCCUGCAGCCUUUUUUGUGAAAUUAUAUUAAGCAAUACUAUCAUUACAGAUCAGUAAUCAAGAAUGACAAGAGAAGUAGUAAGUAAUUAAAGAAACAUGAGCGAAGUAGUGUCAUUAAAAAGCAUAAAUAAGCAGGCGUACAAGCACGUGUGACGAUACUAUUAAGCUUAGUUAUGAAACCCCAGAGAAGGGUAAUUUGAUUAUGAUAUACUCCACAUGCACCAAAUAGUAAAGAAUCAAUUGGGAAUUUGAUAAGAUUUUGAGUGGCCAUAAUACACGUGGAUGCGUGUCUGCCUCUCUUUCUUUUCUAAUGGGUCGGCUGAAGCAUUGAUUUUAGUUUUGUACUAAGUACUAACACACCUCUUGUAUAACUACAUCCUCUCUAUCUUUCACACACUAUUUUCAUCAUUUAGCUUUAGAGGGACUUCCAAUUCAACUGCUUGUUUUACACUAAUGGAGUACUACUUUUCGAAAAGCUCUUACGCCUAAAUGGAUUCACAUAUAUAGCUGAAUUCAAUAAUAGAAGAUGAUUGGAAAAGAUGAGUUGGAAGAGAAGAGCUCGGGCAAGGCGACAUCAACAUCAACAUGGUCGAGGCUAAAUGACCCUCGAAUAGUCCGAGUGGCGAGAGCCAUGGGCGGCAAGGACAGGCACAGCAAGGUCUGCACCGUCCGAGGUCUGAGAGACCGACGCGUGAGGCUGUCCGUCCCCACCGCCAUUCAGCUCUACGAUCUUCAAGACAGAUUAGGCCUCAACCAGCCCAGCAAAGUCGUCGACUGGCUCCUCGACGCUGCCAAAAACGAGAUCGACGACCUGCCUCCGCUGCAGAUCCCUCCCCAAAUGCUCAACCAAUCUUGGGUAAGGAACCAAGAGCUAGUAACACAACAUCAUGAUCAAUUCCACCUCCAAAAUCCUUCCUCCUUUGCAAAUCUCAACACCACCACUAGCACCACCAGCAGCAGCAGCAGCUCCUUUGGGAGAUGGGAUCCUUCCAAUUUGACCCUUUCCCAAACUCCAAUUAGUCUCGGAUUGGCUUCUCACCAACACCAAGACUUUCAGCCUCAUCACCACCACCAGCUGCUGGUGUAUCAAGCCGCGCAGCCCUAUUUCAUGCCUCAAAUCAAUGCAGCCUCCGACACUAAGAACCGGAGCUUCCACACCUCCGACUUGUCCAGUUCUUCGCAUAUUGUUAGACCGGUCGAUUUCAACAUGACUGUGGAUCUUCUCCCCUCACACAACAGUGAGGCGGAAGACCUGAACAAGCGCGGCCACCUCUAAACUCACUGUGAUUUCAUGAUUGAUUCGAGCUUCUUGAUUAUAAGGUCAUACUAUAUGUGAUUGUUUUUUGGGGAAUUUUCUUGUACUAUAUAUAUGUGCUAUGUAGAUUUUUCUGGAAAUUUUCAUGGAGUUACAAAGUGCAUUACUUCUUUGGUUUCAUCUUAAA